UACGGCAACCGCGGUCAAGCUUCCGUGAGUUCCGGGCAUCAUGAGAGACACUCACGCUGUAGCUUCUGCCAGCUGCUUAUGUUCCUUCUUUCUGAUACUGUUGUCCGGGUGGUUAUAUGACUUAUGAUUGGCUCAUUGGCCUUCGAGCGAGGCCGGUCCAUGUGCUCCCUUUCUCUUCCCUUGGACCUAUCGCUUCCGUCGCUGUCGUCGGCUUGUCUCAAGACUUGCGAAGAUGUACGCAAGAGCUGCACAUGAGACCACAAACCUACAACUUAUGCGCUCCGACAUGCUUUCUGGUUCGAUAUCCGGUUUCAUUUCUCUUCCAUCCUCGCUGCUAUCUCUUAUCGCCCUCUUGCCUAUGAGCGCCUCCGGACAACGCGCGACCGCAGCGACUCCCUCUAUACCAACAAUGCUCUCACGAACCGAGCAUACGCAAUCAAUGACAACGUCCUACAUGUCUUCACCUGUAUCGAACACUACCGCAGCGGCUACGAGCACAAGCACGCCGAUUUCGAACGAUAUCCUGCCGGGCGCCACCAAUGCUAGAGAUCCUACCGCAAGCGCCUUUAGAUACUACUGGCUUAUACUCGUCGUCUUUGGUUUGGUGAUCGCACUUUUCCUCUGGUGGAUUAAUCGGCGCCGAAUAAAACGCAAAGAGCUUAUGCGUUUGAGCGGGCGAAAUGCGCUUGCGCGGGACAUGGAGGGCUGGGUCAAUACACGGAGAUGGUACCAUGGUGCUUGGAGACCGAACGAUAUACGUGCUUCCACAAGGAGAGAAGAAGGGUUCAAUGAGAAUGGGGAAGCGCCUCCGCCAUAUCGACCGAAAGGCGAUGUGACUGUCACACAAGAUCCUGCGACUGGGCUGUCGAUACCGUUGAGAACACUUUCGAGGGAGCAGGUAGAUGCUGGACAUCCGCCUGAGUAUCACGAAACCCUCAAUCGGCAUAGCGAUGAUGCCACACGACCAGCUAUGGCAGACUCAGGCACAAAUCUGCAUGCAACAACCGACUCACCGCCCAGGUCGUCGAUCGGGGAUCUCGUACACGUGCAUUAUGAUCGAGGGACGACUGCUCAAUUAUGAAAGUAGUGUACACUGCGACCUUUUACCACGAUUUUAUGACUCAAAUUUUUGCGAUGCAUUUCUACGACUAUAUAACACACAUUGACCUAGACGGGAAUCACGGCAUCGUGCGGAGAUCGGGAAUGGAUCUAGAGGGUCUCGCAUCUCUUAGCUACCGAUUCAAGAAUGAACUUAAUUAACCUCUACAAUCAUCUUAAAGUCUCAGAGUACUGAUUUCACCCUCGAAUGGUCGAAGGCUAAAGAUUCGAUUUCUUCUUCGGUCCGCGUGUUGCUUUGCCCUGUUGAAUCCUAAGGAUCAUACUUAUGCCACUGUAGCCGGGCUAUGCAUGCCGCCGGAGAAAGACAAGUGAGGGAUGCUGGGUGGAACGUCUGGACUUUUCGUACGGUCUCUCCAGAAAUUCGCUUCUGAUCACCUUUCAUUAUUGCAAUAAUGAAAUGGAGAGUACACAGCGAUGUGAGUCUGUCGCUUGUGCUUGCCUUGCAUAUUUU